UUGUUGAUAUACAUGAACAAUUUCAAGAUAUAACUGUUAAUUCUCAAGCAGGAUAUUAUUAUAUCAAAGUGAAUAAUGAAAAGACCUGGGUACCACUUUUACCUGGCUAUACAAUUUAUACUGCUUUUGGAAACAAUAUUUUCAAAUUUUUCAUUGAAUAUUUCAAUCAGCAACUAUUAUUUUCUUGGGUUGAUUUUGAAACAGACGAAAAUAAUCUUACUAUCCCUAUAGCAUCAGAUUCUUAA